AUGUUUCACUCAUCGAAGCCGUAUUCGGCUGUGACGGUCCAGAUCGAGGUCCUCACCAGCGAACAGUAUGAGGUGGAAGAUUCAAGUGGAAUCGUGGACCUUAUCGAGGCCAUUCGUAUCCAGGCCAGUGGUCCUACAGAAGCGAGUCGCGCUUUGCAUGAGCCCUUGCUGGAACGACUACGAAUCGCCGCGACCGACCCGGUUUCUGACCCUUUGGUAAAAGAGAAAUGCAAACAGCUCUUUGGGCAAUGGGCAGCCUCUUACAAGAACACCCCUGGGAUGGAGCGGGUUACAGGUCUCUACAGACAACUACCGAAGCGUAAGCAGCCGGCUACUCAGGCAAAGGCCAAAGUGUUGCGGGAUGCGGGGCAAUCCGAAGAACCUUCGAUGGGCCAUACGGUGUCCGUAUCAGCCGGAAAUGGGCCGGCUACAGUUCUCAGUGGCCCCAAGCACAAGCACACCUCCAGCAAAUCAUCGCUUUCGUCCUUUAGGAAGGACAAGAAGGAGAAGAAGACAUUAAGCAGGUCUUUCAGCCUCGAUAAAGAGAAGCCAGAGAUGCUACAGACCCUCGCGUCAGCCUCCGUCGCCAGUACAAACCUCCUCAACGCUCUCAAGCUGGUUAACCGCGAAACGCAACGGGUCAGCGAAGAUGCCGAAGUGCUCAACCGGUUUGAGACUUGCAAGACAUUACGACGCCAAAUUCUGCGAUACAUCCAGCACGUGGAGAGUGAGGAGUUUCUGGGUAGUUUGAUUCAUGCAAACGAAGAGCUAGUCACGGCACUUAUGGCAUUUGAAGUCCUGGACAAGAGUGUAGACUACGACAGUGAUAGCGACCAGGAUGUCCUAGAGACGGGGUGGACCCCUGACCGCGACGACCUCCCCGACUCAUUCGCAGGGUUGGUUGUCAACCCCCCGAAGCCACCACGUCCCCCUCGUCCCUUGAGCAUAUCCGUACCAUCCUCAUCAAGAAAAGUCUACAGUGACAGCGAGUCAGAAACGGAAGACGAUGACGAUGAAGAUAAUCCAUUUGGCGACCGCAACGCCAUCCGCACCCCUGGCAUUGAGAAGCACGAGCCUACCUGGUAG